ACUCUCCUCUUCUCCCUCCCCCUCUCCCUUCUUCGCUCUCCUCCCCCCCCCCUAUCUCUCUGUCUCUCUCCCCCCUUUAGAUUCGAGGAAGAACGAAGCCAGAGAGGAAGAAAGGGCGGGAAUCCGCUAGGACUGUUGGAGGGUUGAUUACUUAGGGUUCUGACCCGUCUCCCUCCGCGGAUCUGGGUUUGGGCUUCUCUUGCGAGAUAUAUCGAGGUGGGCAGGGCGUUGUGGAGAUGGCUUCUACGUCUCCGAGGUUGGGAUUUGGCGGAUGGUUGAUCUGGUAUAGGACUUGAGGUGUCUGUUUCCGGGAAGCUUGGAGAGAGGGUUUUGGAUUCCUCUGGGUCUGGGAUGAGUUCUUCGGAUCGAAGGAAGAUGGAGAGAAGAAAUCAGCCUCCUUUGGUGGAUAGCUCGGCAUGCCUCUGCCGAGUAGACGCAGGCUUGAAAACCGUUGCUGGGGCUAAGAAAUUUGUCCCAGGAUCCAAGCUCUGCAUUCAGCCGAGCAUCAAAGCAUCCAUCCAUCCAUCCAAGCCCAGGGCAGCACGAGGAGACCGGAACCGCAGCCAGUCUCCUCUGCUGCCCGGCCUCCCUGAUGACCUUGCGAUAGCGUGCCUGAUCCGCGUCCCACGAGCCGAGCACCGCAAGUUAAGGCUAGUCUGCAAGAGGUGGUACCGUCUUUUGGCUGGCAACUAUUUCUACUCCCUCCGCAAGAGCCUUGGAAUCGCAGAGGAAUGGAUCUAUGUCAUCAAAAGAGAUCGGGAUGGUCGGAUCUCAUGGGAUGCCUUCGAUCCUGUAUACCAUCUCUGGCAUCCUCUGCCACCCAUUCCAGGAGAGUACUCUGGAGCCCUUGGAUUUGGGUGUGCCGUCUUAAGCGGCUGCCAUCUAUACUUGUUCGGGGGUAAGGAUCCGCAGAAGGGGUCCAUGAGACGGGUCAUCUUCUACAGCGCCAGAACCAACAAAUGGCACCGGGCUCCUGACAUGCUGCGGCGGCGGCACUUCUUCGGCUCCUGUGUGAUGAACAACUGCUUGUAUGUGGCCGGCGGGGAGAGCGAAGGCUUCCAUCACUCUCUCAGAUCGGCGGAGGUCUACGAUCCGAACAAGAACCGCUGGGCCUUCAUAGCGGACAUGAGCACCGCAAUGGUCCCGUUCAUCGGGGUUGUCUACGAGGGGAAGUGGUUCCUCAAAGGGCUUGGCUCCCAGCGACAGGUCCUCAGCGAGGUGUAUGUUCCAGAAGCUGACGGCUGGUACCCAGCGUUCGACGGCAUGGUAACUGGAUGGAGGAACCCAAGUGUUUGCUUGAAUGGCCGGCUCUAUUCUCUCGAUUGCGAGGAUGGUUGCAGGCUAAGAGUGUACGAUGGGGCUACGGACUCCUGGAGCAAACACAUCGACAGCAAGAUGCACCUGGGGAGUUCUCGAGCUCUAGAAGCAGCUGCCCUCGUCCCUCUUGAUGGGAAGCUGUGCAUCGUCCGAAACAACAUGAGCAUUACUGUUGCGGAUGUUGCAGGGAAGGACGGCGGGGAUCUGCGCUGGGAGACGAUUGCGGGCAAAGGGCAACUCAAGACGUUCGUCACCAAUUUGUGGUCUAGCGUUGCAGGCCGUAGCCGUCUCAAGAGUCACAUCGUCCACUGUCAGGUCCUUCAGGCCUAGAAGGAACAAAUCCUCGAGCAUGCAUGCGGCGAUAUGGUCUCUAUUCUUUUGCUUUUCACCUGGCACUCUGGCAGCCGCGAAGCAAGCUUUCGGAGCAUGUUGCAAUUAGUAACAUGUUUACUGCUAUACCGAGCCUCCUGUAUUAUACGACUUCCCCUCUGUUCGGAAUUAUAUUAAACCUAUAGAAAAUAGUAAGCGCGAUGGGAGUCAUUGAUUGUUGAGACGCCAUGAAGGAUUCAUCAGGCCUUUACCUUUCAAACUUGAGCCUGUUUUGUGGCUUGUCUGAGAUGUGGACUGUGCUGCUUCGCUUUCGAUAACACAGCAUCCAAAUUGAAGAUCCGAGCCACCGGUCAUAAUUUAUGUCCCUAAAAACAUCAGAUUAUAAAUCAUAUAUCUUAGUGGUCUUUUUACUCUAUACACUUUUGUAGUGUACUAAAAUGUAUAUAAAGUAUUUAAAUUGAUGGUCUAUCUUAUUGAUUAUGAUCCGGACAUGUUUUAUGA